AUGUCCAGUGCUUCUCUUCGAUUUCCAACUGUACGCCACAUUUCCCUCCUGUGUUGCACAACCAAAAUUUUGACCACGGCUUUGCUUGAAUAUAUUCAUCGUGCAUUUCCACGAGUUCAUUCAAUCCAUUUAACCACCGGGGGUGGACCAUCACUCUGCCUGAGUAUUACACUUGCAAAUAGUGAUGUUUUACCUUUAUUUACCUUCCCAGCGGUUACUCAACUGAAGAUUGAUCAUCGUUCAACAUCUCUGCAGAGCAUUCGUCGAAUGUUCGAGUUAUUUCCUAGUCUCGAAUCUCUCGUCGUGUCUAACUAUUUUAUCGAGUCCUGGCGUCUUGUGCAGCCGAUAUGCGAACUACCGAAGAGUGUUCGUCGCUUUACUGUUCAACUGGACUUUACCAAUGACCGGACAAAUAUGGAUCAAUGGAAAGCAUGGUUGCCCUCGUCUGUCGAACUUCAAUGUCACAUGUACACGCAUUAG